AUGUCGCUUUUUGAAAUAUCUGAUGGAAUUGUGGGAACGCAUGUGACAUUUGAGGAAAUCGAGAAGAAAAUGCAAGAGUCGCUGGGAACGAAGGCGAAAUUCGGACCGAAUAGGAAUGCAACGGCUAUUGGAGAUUUUAGAGGAUUUGCUUCCAAGGUCGCUUUGAUUGAUCCGGAUUGGAUGGAUAAGAAUGAGGGCGAAGAUUUGCCUAAGAAGUUUGUGUGCAAGAUUUCUAGUUUAUUGAACAUGAAAUUGAUGAGGGAGAUGAUGCAUCUGAAAGAAGCAGACGGAUGGAAUGACGAGAAGUUUGAAAAAAUGGGACCUCUAUUAAGAGAUUUCCACAAUCGCGAAGUAUUCGCAUUCUCGCUAAUGAUGAGGGAAUUCAAAAACGGCAACAAAAAUCUGGCAUUCCCGAAAGUUUUUGGUUAUCAGACAUUUGAUGAGACGAAUGAUCUGAAAGGAUACAUAAUCACCGAGCUUAUUCCCGAUUUGUACCCGGUCUCAAUGCAUGAGUCGAUUCCUUUGAAAACAGCGGAGAGUGUUGUCAAAGCGGUUGCUUCAUUUUCAGCAAUCGGGACAAGAUUAAGUGAUGAGGAAUUGAAGUUGGUGGGAGCGGUGGACAUUGUCAAAAUGCUCUCUGAAGAGAUCUUUGAUGAUAAUGGAUGCCAAAGUGUGUCCGCUAACAUGAAAGAGGAGUUUCCAUCUGAAUACCACCAACAAAUCGAUGAUUAUAUUGAAACUUUUACAAAAGUUAUCAACACUCCAAAAUGUUUAGCGAAUCUGUCCAAGGCUUUUGAAUUGCUUAAUCACAAACCAGUAUUAUUGCACGGAGAUUUGUGGGGAGCAAACAUAUUGUUCUCUAAGAAAGACCAAGAUGAGGUAGAGCUCGAAGCUCUCAUUGACUAUCAGCUUAUAAACUUAGGAUCCCCUGGGUUGGACAUGGCUCGCUUAUUUGCGGCAUGUCUCAGUAAAGAGGACCGUCGAGAAAAUUGGGAACGUCUUCUCAGAAUUUUCUACGAUCAAUUUGUGAAGGAAAUUGGCGAUUGUGAGAUUCCUUACACCUUCGAGCAGCUCGUUCAAUCCUAUAAUUUGUUCUUCCCCACUUCAUCGAUAAUGGUAAUCCCGGGAUUGACUCAAUUCUUUAAGAAUCCGAGAAUCGAAAAAAGCGAGAAGGACAAAUGGCACGACGCAACAAUGCAAAAAAUGAUAGCGCUAUUGGAGGAUAGCUUGGAGAUUCACAAGUCUAAUGUGAUGGAGGUUCCACAAUUUUUCGAGUAG